AUGGACACGCUAGGUCUGAAAUGGGACAGACUGGUAGGUGUCACAACGGACGGCUGUCCAAGUCUGACCGGGAAAAAUGUCGGACUUUUGAAACGUAUGCAAGAUAAAGUGACUGAAAUCGACCCAGAUCAGAAGUUGGUAUUUUUGCAUUGUAUUAUACAUCAGCAUGUGUUGUGCAAGUCAGUGCUAAAAAUGAACCAUGUUAUUGAUGUUGUAACUAAAAUAGUUAACUUCAUCAGGGCACGAGCAUUGAAUCACAGACAGUUUGUUUCACUUUUGGAGGAGCAUGAGACUGAACAUAGUGACAUUGGCUACCACACAGCUGUCAGAUGGCUCAGCCUGGGCAAAAUGCUAAAAAGAUUAUGGGAGCUGAAAGCAGAGAUUCGAGAGUUCUACAAGAAGAAAGGCAAGGACAUCCCAGAGCUCUCAGAUGAGGACUGGAUGGCCGAUUUUGCAUUUGCUGUUGAUGUGACUGCACUGAUGAAUGAACUGAACACCAAACUGCAAGGCAAGGGCCUUUUUGUUCAUGAAAUGCACAGCCUGGUGAAGGCUUUCAUGAGAAAGUUGCAGUUUCUUUCAAGCCAACUGGACAGCAACAAUCUCACUCACAUGCAAACCCUGAAAGAAGUCACACCAUCAGCUGAUUACCUCCGCAGGUACUCAUCCAAGCUAGGAGCACUGCAUGGUGAGUUUUCAAGGCGAUUUGAAGAUCUCAGAAUGAUCGAGGAUGAAAUGCACAUGAUUUCCUCUCCCUUUACCUGCAGUGUGGCUGAUGCACCCAGUGAUGUUCAGCUGGAACUCAUUGACCUGCAGUCUGAUGCG